AUGUUUGACGUUGGCCAGGUUAUUGUUCUUACUGGAUUUCUAACUUCAUUAUUAACAAACUCAUUUUUAAUUUAUAUAACAUCAGUUCACAUUACCUGUAUUAAAGGUACAUAUACAGUGCGUUUUUUUCCACUUCUACGACUUUAAAGGGGGCGCAUUUACGCGCGAUGGUCCCGGCAUUGGUCUCGCCGCGCACCCCAAAAAUCAAUGGGUGGCGCGUGUCGAGACCAUCGCGCGUAAAUGCGCCCCCUUUAAAGUCGUAUAAGUGGAAAAAAAUGCACUGUAAGUAUAUGGUUAUCCUAUUUGCAAUUGCAUGUGUUAUUUUUGAUUUGUCAGAAGUUGUAGCUCGCCCACACAUUCAUAAUUUCAAUGGGAGCUUUACUUUUUUCAGUCAAAAUAUCAUUCCCAAUCCUCAAUUAUACUUUUACGUAAUUUUUAUUGAUUUGUAUGGUGGAUUAUUUUGCUCUCUUAUUGCUUUUAUUGCUAUUCAAUUCAUACUCCGAUGUGCAGUCCUCCUUUGUCACCAAACGCUUUUGAAGUCGUUCAAGGGAACAAUUUGUUUCAUUUGGGGGGUAGUAGUAAUUAUUCCAGGAUCUUUAUUUUGCAUCAGUGCUCUAAUAUUACUGCAACCAGAUGAGUAUUCUGAUAGCUAUGGAAGAGAAGAAUUUCAAAGUGUCUAUGGGAAGAAUGUUUCUGAGUUAGCAAGAUUAAUGAUAGUUGCAUAUGACGGAAAUGGAAAUAUUCGUUGGAAAAACUUAUUCUACUCUAUUAGCUAUCCUAUCUAUCCUUUACUCUAUCAUAAUAUUUUGUGCGGUAAAAAUGAAUAGAAGCAUCAAAAAGAAGAUGGAAAACGUGUCAACUCAACAUCGAAGAUUGGAAAAACAAUUUUUCAAAGCAAUCAUUAUUAAAAUAGUUUUCCCAACAGUAUUUCUCACAUUACCGAUGAUAGUGAUGUUGGGAACACCUAUUUUUGACUUAGAAAUUAGUUUUCAUUCAAAUAUUUUUCAUUGGGCACUGAGCUGGUAUCCAACACUGGACAGCAUUGCAAUUAUGUUAAUAGGCUCUGAAUAUAGGUGUUGUGUUAAAAAAGUGUUUGAAUGUUUGAAUAGGAUUGAUGUAAACUAUGAAGAUCCGCGCAUGAAUCAUUUCUAAUUUUGGAAAACUUGAAAUUCUAAUGCAACUAUAAUUUUAAAAAGCUU